CUCUAGAUUAUAAGAAAUAGAGUAUUUUUUGUUUUUUUUUUUAAAAAUGGCAGAAUAUGAAAAUGAAUGGGAAAAACCAUUUAAAUCAGAGAUUGAAAAAGCAAAGCAACAAGCAGCUUAUAAAGCUGUAGAUGAGUGCUUUUCUGAAGAAAUGAAAAUAAUUGGUAUUGGAAGCGGAUCAACAGUUGCAUACGCAGUUGAGCGAAUUGCUCAAAAAAAAGUAAAAGAUAUGAUAUUUAUUCCUACAGGAUUCCAGAGCAGACAGUUAAUAUUAGAUCUUGGGUUAUAUUUAGGAGAUGUUGAUGUAUAUUCAACAGUAGAUAUUGUUUUUGAUGGGGCAGAUGAGGUAGAUGAUGAUUUAAAUUGUAUUAAGGGAGGGGGUGCUUGCCUUUUUCAAGAGAAAUUAGUUGCAUCAAGUGCCAAGAAGAAAGUGAUUAUUGCAGAUUAUCGUAAAAAAUCACAUAUUUUAGGUGAAAAAUGGCAUCAAGGAAUUCCUGUAGAGGUUAUUCCUGUUGCCUGUUCUAGGGUUAUGAAUAAUCUUAUACGUUUGGGUUCAUUAGGUCCAAAAUUACGUCCUUGUAGACAUAAAGCGGGUCCAAUGAUAACAGAUCAUGGGAAUUUUAUUAUUGAUGCACCUUUUGGCAAAAUUAAGCAUCCAGAGGUACUAGAGAAAAACAUAAAAAUGAUAAUUGGUGUGGUUGAAGUAGGUCUUUUUGUAAAUAUAGCAGAUGUGGUGUAUUUUGGAAAUGAAGAUGAAACAGUUAUUUCUUAUUAUAAAGAACGCAAAAACUAAUUAUUUAUAACAUAAAUAUAUAGUCAUUAAAUUUCUUACAUUCAAC